UGUCUUGCUAUACUCUUCAGUAGAUAUUGUACGAUCGUCUGUAUGUGUUACUGUAGAUAGAUUAUUAUGUCUGUUCUGACUUUAGUACUGGAAUAUACAGUUGUGUUUCACACACUCUGUAGCAGAUGAGUGAAGCGAAUGACGCACUGAGGCUGCAUAGAUGAGCGCUCCGUUCUGCGCCACGGCUCCGGUUCUUCAGUUUGGACAUGCACGCGCGUGAACGACUUUAAAAUACAGACAUUUUAGACUCCAGCAACCAUGUGUUCAUGCAGCCCCCUGGGCUUUGUCGUCUUCCUUCUUAUUAUUAGCAGUAUCAUACAGGUAUCAAACUCCAGUGCUGACGAGGUCUUACCUCCUACCAUUCAAAAACUGAUGAGGGGCUAUAACAAAUACCUGAGGCCUCUCUUUGGCAAUGGUCCUGUUACAGUUGGCAUGAGUUUGGACAUUGCCAGCAUAGAUACUAUAUCUGAGAUCAACAUGGACUACACAGCAACUAUCUUCUUGCGGCAGCGCUGGACAGACGAGCGUCUAUGUUUUGAUGGCAAUAAGAGCCUGAGUUUGGACGGCAGGCUGGUGGAGCUUCUUUGGGUUCCUGACACAUUCAUUGUUGACUCCAAAAAAUCCUUUCUGCAUGACAUUACUGUGGAGAACAGACUGAUCAGGAUAUUCCCAAAUGGCACCGUGCUUUAUGCCUUGAGAAUCACCACCACAGUUGCCUGCAGUAUGGACCUGACCAAGUAUCCCAUGGACAAACAAACAUGUACACUUCAGCUAGAAAGCUGGGGUUAUAAUGUGAAAGAUGUUGUGUUUUAUUGGACACGUGGGAACCUGUCAGUUAGUGGACUUGACACUCUGCAGCUGGCGCAGUACACACUAGAGGACUACUAUACCUCAGAGUCUGAAGCUGUGUAUGAGACAGGCAGGUACCCAAAGCUGAUCUUUCACUUCCAGCUGAGACGAAGCAUCCUUUACUUUAUUCUGGAGACAUAUGUGCCCUCAAGUGCCCUGGUGGUUUUGUCCUGGGUCUCCUUCUGGAUCAGUCAGUCAUCUGUCCCUGCUCGCAUUUGUAUAGGGGUGACCACUGUCCUGACAAUGACCACUCUGAUGAUGGGUGCCCGCACAUCUUUGCCCAAUGCUAACUGCUUCAUUAAAGCCAUUGAUGUGUACCUGGGAAUCUGCUUCAGCUUCAUUUUUGGUGCCCUCAUAGAGUAUGCUGUGGCUCAUUUCUGUACUUUACACCAACCAAAUGCUGCCAAUGCAUAUAUGUAUGGACAGGAGAUGCAGGAACGUGAGGAUGAGAUGAAUGGGAUCGUAACAUCCAUCAGCCGCCAAGCUCUGCGAGUACGCAAAAGGGAGGAGAUGCUGUCCCGUGCCGGCAGCCAAAACAGUCAAACUUCCAGUGGCACUAAAGAGGAGAAGCCCUCGUCCAAGCCCCAGAGCCGCUGCGCCAAGUCCAUGUCACUGCUGCGACGUAUCGUGUGCUUCCUAAACUGUUGCCAUGUGGAAAACCCACACUACAUUGACAACUACUCUCGCCUGACCUUCCCCCUCUCCUUCAUCUUCAUCAAUCUGCUCUACUGGACCUACUACCUUUAUUUUUAGUGUGUGUUUUUUGUUAGUGUGAGGGUUUUAUGUCUCUGCAACAUCUGACAGUUUUUGGGAGGGUUUAAUGCACUUUUCUCUUAGCAUGUUUUUGCAGAUGCUACAUGUAACUCAUGCAUUUAGUAACAUAACUAUUACUUAUUUUGUCCUACACAAUAUGUGUAAGUUUGAACUAGUCAUGGCUGUAAGAGUGUGAGUGUUAAUUCCAGAAAGUUUGUUUAUGUGGAGUGUGUGUUCUUAGUUUUCAGUAGAGAUUACACAACACCAGACUAUGGAACUACAAGUAUGACAGUGUGGGAGAAGUAUUUUAGUGCAUGUUAUGUUCGAUGUUAGGCAGAUGGUAGCAUUAUAUGGAUGAUUUCAGUUCCUGUUAUUUAAGUCAUUGUUGUUAAGCUUUGUGAUUAUAAUUUGCUGGCUUAAAAAAAAAACAUCACCAAGUGAUUUUAUGAUUGUGGUUUAAGCAUUUCCCCUCAACGUUAUUACUUAAUUUAGCAUGACAAUGAACAUUACUGCAGUGUAAUUUUUCUUUGUAAAUGACAUGACCGUUUAACAUUUUGUUUCACCCAAAUAUACCAACAUUAGUUAGGCAAAUUUCAAAAGUGAAAUAAAACUUGAAUCAGUUAAAAGUACCUAUUGAUAUUAUCAAAAGAAAUAGGAUUUAUUUUAUUCACAUACUGUAAUGAACUAUAUAUUUUUUUAGCAUCCAUAUAACUUGGAUGUAUGUCGAUGUAUGAUGUAUGUUGUGUGGGAAGUUGCCGGAUUAUGAUAGUCUUAUCACUAUUUCUUACAAUGAGUUUUGCAUAGAAACCUUUUUUUAUUAACUGCACAGAACAGUUAAGUUGUUUUGAGAAAUAAUGUCUUCCUACUGUACUGAAUUUUAAAUUACCUAGGCACUAUUUAUUAGCAACACUUUCUUAUUACUGUAAAGGUCUUUACGGAUGUUUUGCAAGUUACAUAUUUUCAGUCAUGCAUGAAGCUGGUGUACUGUAAAAUAAGCCAUGUGGCUCCAGUAUGUUUUUCAUGCAUGAGAGAUUACAAUGCAUCAAUUCCCACAGCAGCUUGUGAGGAAGGGUGCAUGGUGUGCCUGUGGGAAUUAUUAUUAUUUUUUUUUACAAUAAACUAGGUCAUAAUUAUA